AUGGGGCGCAGCGCUGGGGCCGCUGUUCACACACUUCCGACAUACGAAAUGACAGCUUGGAACGUAUUCCGAUUGCUGGGAGACUGCUCCCACCUUGCCUCGAAAUGCAUCCUCCUCUUCUCGAUCCAUCGCAACAGGAGUGCUGAAGGUGUCUCCCUCAUUACCCAGGUGCUGUAUGCCCUGGUCUUUUGUACGAGAUAUACCGACUUCUUCUCCGAACAAGUGCUUUGGAACCGCUUCUUCAAGGCCUUCUACAUUCUCUCGUCGUUUUACACUAUUGGGAUAAUGCAGUGGAUCUAUCCCCGAUCCAGGGAGCGCGAGAUGGCCUGGAAGGUUGGCGCUGGCGCCCUCGGCGGCGCUCUGCUCCUCUCCCCCUUCGCCAUGCUUAUCCUUGAGCCAAAGUCGCACUGGAGCAUGUUUGUGUGGAUUUGGGAUUUCUCGCAGAUCCUCGAGUCUGUCUGCAUCCUACCCCAGCUCCUCCUUUUGCGUCAGACUACCGUACCGACCGUUAUCGACUCGUUCUACCUUGUCGCCCUGGGCUCCUAUCGGGCUCUUUACCUUGUUGGAUGGAUUAGUCGGGAACUCGAUUUGUCGGACAAGCCCCCCAAUGCUGUUUCGGUCGUCUUCGGCAUCGUGCAGACAGCGCUCUAUGUCGACUUUGCUUGGGUCUACUACACGCGCCAACGGGUCAAGCUUCGCAAUGGUGGUGUUGUCGAUGCCGACGACCUCAACCGUGGCUGGUUCCUCCAUAGAAUCUUUGGCAAGCCCAGCAACCAAGACUAUGGCGAGGAAGAUGAGGAGAGCGCCCCUGCGCUUGGUCGUCACGAAAGCCGACGUGGUGGUAGCCGGUCCAAGUGGGGAGCGAGGGGCAUCUCCGUCAGUGCUGAUGAUGGUGUGCUAGAAGCUGAGCGCGGGGAGAGGGCAGAGUAUGAUGGCGGCAUCGUCGAUCCCGAUGCCAAGAUGCAAGACCCUGAUGAGCUUGCCAAGGUGCUCGACGAUGACGACGACGAUGAUACUCCCGCUGCCUCGUCGAGCGCCAGUCACAACAGCAACAAUCGAGGCGGAUCCCCAAGUGGAGUCCAGGGUGGCCAAGAGUGGCGGGACAACUGA